AAAUUUGACAGCUCAACACUUGGACCCGCAAACGUCUUAUAACAUGAGAAAUGUGACUGUGAGCGCCAGAAAUAAACUACCGUGUUCAACCAACGGCUAACGGCUAACGGUAGUUGCUCCAUGACGGUCUGUGGGCUCAACAUUACCAUAUAUAGACCGGCCACGGGGCUCCCUCGCCGGUGAAAUGUAAACAGUGUCUCGCGCAAGAGGCUGACAAAAAGGGGAAAACAAAAGCCUGGAAGAAGAAGAAAAACAACAACAACAACACAACGCUAUCUUCGCCAUGUCAUCCGAGCAGAUCAUUGCCAUUGUCAUGGAUGACAAGAUCUACGAGGUGAAUAAAAAGAAGCUGAUCGAGAAGAGCGACUACUUCCGCGCGCUGUACAGCUCCGGGAUGAGGGAGACCACGGAGGACUCGGUGCGGCUGCGGGGGCUCAGCGUCCCCGGCCUGGAGCUGGUCCUGGAGUUCAUCAACACCUCCAAGGUCCAGGUGGUCAACGAGACCCUGGAGGACCUGAUCGAGACCGCCUCCUUCCUCCAGGUCACCUCCAUCCUCAAGCUGCUCACCUCGGAGAUCCGCCUGGACAACUGCGUGGAGCUGUGCGGCCUCUCGGAGGUCUACGGGACGCACGACCUGCGCCACGCGUGCCUCAAAUACAUGAGCUGCUACUAUCACCCCAUGCUGAGGCGGCCGGAGUUCAGCAGCCUCCCCUCCGCGGUGCGAGAGCAAGUCCGGGAGAUGCGCAUGAAAGGCACCGCCACCCUGGUGGCCAUCGGGGACUUCACGUGCCUCUCCCUGGACAUGCCGGACCAGGACGAACCCUGGUCCAUGCUGAGGUACGGGGAGGUGGAGCAGCGAUGGAAACCGCUCGCGAACAACUUGCCCCCGGAUAUGAUCAACGUCAGAGGAUACGGAUCAGCUGUGCUCGACAACUACCUGUUCGUAGUGGGCGGCUACCGGAUGACCAGCCAGGAGAUCUCUGCGGUGCACUGCUACAACCCGUGCAGGAACGAGUGGAACCAGGUGGCCCCCCUCAACCAGAAGAGGUCCAACUUCAAGCUGCUGGCCGCGCAGGGCAAGAUGUACGCGGUGGGGGGGCAGAGCCUGGGCACGGUGGAGUGCUACAGCCCCGAGAAGGACUGGUGGACCUGCGUGUCCUCCAUGCCCGACCCGCUGGCCGAGUUCUCCGCCUGCGAGUGCCGGGGGAUGAUCUACGUCAUGGGGGGGUACACUGCAAGAGACCGGAACACGAGCGUCCUGCGGUACUGCCCCGCCUCCGACACCUGGGCGGUGUUCCGCACCUGCUCGGCGCACAUCCGCAAGCAGCAGAUGCUGUCGGUGGAGGACACCAUCUACCUGGUGGGCGGCUACACCCACGAGCUGCAGCUGGGCCGGCGGCGUCCCAGCCAGACGGAGGACGUGCUGACGGUGCAGUCCUACAACGUGUCCACGGGCCAGUGGGUGCAGCUGAAGGAGAACACGUCCAAGUCGGGCCUGAACCUGACGUGCACGCUGCACAACGACGGCGUGUACAUCAUGAGCCGCGACGUCAGCCUGCCCACCAGCCUGGAGCACCGCGUCUUCCUCAAGUACAACAUCUUCUCCGACGCCUGGGAGGCCUUCCGGCGCUUCCCGGCCCUGGGCCAGAACAUGCUGCUGUGUUCUCUCUACCUGCCCAGCGUGCUGUGAGCGAGGGAUGGCAAAGACUCAGCGCCGGGGGAGCCCGGCGCGGCCUCGCCGUCGGACCCGGCGUGCGGCCCGCUUGUCCUCGCUCACAAUGGGGCCUGUGUGGCGGGCCGCCAGCUGCAACGCCCCGUGACCUUUUGUGCCUCGACAAAAAAAAAGAAAGAAAGAAAAGAAGCACGACAUUGUAAAUACUGCUGAGGAGGCAAAUACGAAAGCUACAAUGACGAGUGUGAAAAGUGAUGAAGCGCCACAGCAUCGUAACAGCUAGCCACAGUUUGUGCCUCUCAUAUAAUAAUAUUAGUCACAGUAGAAAUCCUUUAUAAUAAUAAUCUGAUUCAGAUUCUGG